AAAGAUUUCUAUAUUAUUUAUACGUGGAAGAAAAAGAGAAGUAAAUGCUAUAAAAUAGCAUGUAUUACAACGUAGCUCAAAGAUGGCAAGAAUUGUUACUGAAGCGCAAUAGGAAUAGCGUGGCACUGCUAUAUUCUAUGUACUCAUUUGUUUGACUUGUCACUUAUUUAACUAUCGACCCAUUCGCUGGAAUGUUCGUUAUUCAACGAUUUGCUCAGCAUACACAGUUUAUUAAGGUGAAAAUCAGGUUGAUAAAUAAUCUACGAUCACAAUGCUGAAGGGUUUUGAAGGUUUGAAACAUGCAGAACUGUAUGCAAAGUAUCGCAUUACUUAUCCAUACGAGGUGACACGGAUGGUGAUUGAUUAUGCGAAGAAAAAUAAGUCUAAUGGUCAGUUAGAACACAUGGUAGAUGUUGGCUGUGGGAAUGGCCAAUCAACAGAAAUAUAUAAAGACUAUGUUGGAAGGAUAACUGCCAUUGACACAAGUGAAAGCCAAAUAGCGGUAGCAAAGAAAAAUGAAAAGAGCAAUAUUACGUACUUAGUUGCAACAGGUGAAUGUUUACCCGUGGAAGAGAACUCAGUCGAUUUGAUAUGUUCUGGUCAAGCAAUUCAUUGGAUCGAUUUUCCGAAAUUUUGGGCUGAAAGUCGGCGAGUUUUGAAACCCGACGGUAGCAUGGUAUUUUAUGGAUACGGUCUACUUCAACUUAUUCCAGAACAAAUGCCUGUUGGUUUUGAUGAAACGACAAUGAAUGAGAAAGCUACUGAGUUAUUGCUAAAGCUCCACUAUCAGUGCAAGUUCCAUGAACGGAUUGACCAUGUAAACAACCGUUACGUAGAAAUAUUCGACAUGAUACCAAGCAACGAGAAAUCCAGAGACGAUAGCAUAUUUAUAACCCGCCAUUGGAAUAUGAAUGACCUCAAAAAUUUUCUUUCGACAUGGUCCGGAUAUCAAACAUAUCUCAGAGAAAAGAAGGCCGAUGAUCCCGAUAUCCUUCGUCAAUACCUUGAUAACUUGAAACAAUUACUUGGCAUGGAAACUUCCAAAGACGAAGACAUUCAAUUGCGUGUCAGUUGGAAUGUGUUCGUUAUAUUUUCAAAGAGACCUUCAUAAUAGAAGUAUUAGUUGAAACUUUCUGAAAUUCCGUAUAAUUUAUAUAUUAUUGUUAUUUAAUUAUAACUAACUUGUUGGUGUUUAUCUAA